CUUGGUCGCCAUUGAAAUAGCUCACGCCACCGAUGGCGACAAUACAGGAAGGAAGAUAAGUUGGGAAGCCAACAAUAAACAGAGCGAUGAGGUAUCUAACGAUGUGUUUACAUCCUUGUUGUUAUUUAGCAUUCUGACGGUUGAUGCACAUUUUCAUUAAGAUUAACAGCAAAGUUUGGCGCAAUGUUCGCCAAUAGAACCGCCAGUCCAAACAAUGAGAAGGACAAAAAUGGAUGGCCUCCAUUAUUUAAAGCGAUUGGUUACCCACCAUGGGUUGAAACUCUCGUUCAACAUACUGUGAAUAUUUAUUAUAUCACGCAGCAUGCUCUUCAAAUCCAUUGCCAGCUUGUCUGCCAUCGCCUCCCUCGUGGCAGCUGACAACUUGUUUCCUCCCGGCCAUACUGUCAACCGCAACAGUCUUGCUGGAUUGAACAUUGAUCCCCCGGCCACCGCCAACUUGAUAGGUGCUUACUAUGCCAAGGGUAUCCGAUACCACGAGUGUGUGCCCACGCACCCCGUGCAUCUCAAAUGGUACAAUGUCCAAACCACGGCUACUUUGUACGACCAACCCAACGUUGACAAUGCCAUUGAAGUCGCUACCAUGUCAUUUGCCCCUAUGAACUUGACCAAGACGGAAGUCAAUAGUGAAAGCCGAUACCCUGUGUUCUACAACCUGAAGGACGGAUCCUUUGCUGUGCUUGGCAACCCCAAGAACACCACCCGCAACAUGGGUCACCAUGAUGAAUCGUACAUUGAUGACCAUAUCACGCCUGUCGUUCAUACGUCGGAUUCCGGUGCCUGGAAGGACGUUCAAUGGAUUGUCCGGGCCAACUCCAGUCAAUCUGCUCCUCCUCCCGAAGACCUCUGCACUGAAGCUGGUGCCCUUCUCCUCCGUCCCUAUGAGGCCAUGUACUUGUUCUUCACUGAUUCUGAACCCCACUCUUAUCCUUCUUUGAGAGUGGGCAAAAAAGAAGCUGGCGGCCAAAAACCCACCGGCCAAAAUGAAGCUGCUGCUGACGAACCUGCUGGCAACGCUGAGGUUGAUGCCGACGAGAUGGAGGCUUAGAGUGAAUAUUAGACGUGUGUAAUUGUAGACUU